GGCCGCUUUCCGGCCCGCCGUCUCCGCAGGGGGUCUCGUAGCCGGCCGUGCCGCCCCGGGGCCGGGGAAGAUUCACAAUGUUACAUCAACAGCUAAUAACUGUCUUUGGUAUAUUACUAGCUGGAGAUCUAUGUGCAUCUAAAAGCUGCUAUUCAGAAGACCGAGUGUCCAUGUAUAAUUCCUGCAACCUCACAAGUGUUCCACCUGUGCCAAAGGACACCGCAAAGCUUUUUCUAACUUACAACUAUAUCAGACAAGUGACUGCAACUUCAUUUCCACUGCUGGAGGAUUUGUUUUUGUUGGAAAUUGGAACACAACAUGUCUUUCCCCUUUACAUAGGAAAAGAAGCUUUCAGGAACCUGCCAAACCUUCGUGUCUUGGACCUGGGGUUCAAUAACAUUCUUCUGCUGGAUCUCGAUUCUUUUGCGGGUUUGCAACGUUUGACCAUACUCCGUCUGUUUCAGAACAACCUUGGAGAUUCCAUCCUGGAGCAGCGUUACUUUCAAGAUCUGAGCUCAUUAGAAGAAUUGGAUCUUUCAGGAAACCAAAUCACAAAACUUCAUCCACACCCCUUAUUUUAUAAUCUAACCAUCUUGAAAGCUGUGGACCUCAAAUUCAACAAGAUAUCCAACCUGUGUGAAAGUAAUCUUACCAGCUUCCAAGGAAAACACUUUUCAUUUUUCAGCCUCAGUUCUAACACUUUGUAUAAGACGGAUAAAAUGGUCUGGGCCAAAUGCCCAAAUCCUUUCAGAAAUAUUACAUUUAACUCACUGGACAUUAGUGAGAAUGGCUGGAGCACAGAGACAGUCCAGUAUUUCUGCACAGCUAUUAAGGGGACUCAAAUCAAUUAUUUAUCAUUUCGCUUUCAUACAAUGGGCUCAGGAUUUGGCUUUAAUAACUUAAAAAAUCCAGAUAAGGAUACAUUUACAGGACUAGCAAGAAGCGAUCUUCGUUUGCUUGAUAUUUCCAAUGGAUUCAUUUUCUCUCUCAAUUCUUUAAUCUUUCAAAGCCUUGGUAAUCUGGAAUUUCUAAACCUUUUCAGAAACAAGGUAAAUCAAAUUCAAAAGCAAGCAUUUUUUGGCUUGGAAAACCUAAAAAUUCUCAAUCUCUCAAGUAACCUUUUAGGUGAGUUGUACGAUUAUACUUUUGAGGGGCUACACAGUAUAAUGUAUAUUGAUUUACAGCAAAAUCAUAUUGGGAUGAUUGGUCAAAAAUCUUUCAGUAACUUGGUAAGUCUGAAAAUAAUUGAUCUCCGAGAUAAUGCCUUAAAAAAACUCCCUUCCUUUCCACAUCUGACUACUGCCUUUUUAGGUGACAAUAAGCUGAUGUCUGUAGCUCACACAGCAAUAGCAGCAACACAUAUUGAAUUAGAGAGAAAUUGGCUCGCAAAUCUGGGUGACCUGUAUGUUCUUUUCCAAGUUCCAGAUAUGCAGUAUCUCUCCUUAAAACAGAAUCGCAUCUCUUACUGUGAAAAACGUGUUAGUGCUAUAGAAAAUAACCAGUUGAUUUAUAUGGAUCUAGGAGAAAACAUGUUACAGCUUGUGUGGGAGAGAGGUUUAUGUUUGGAUGUGUUCAGGACGCUGUCUAAACUUCAGAUUCUAUUCCUGAACAACAACUACCUUAGUGCUCUUCCACAGGAGAUUUUUAGUGGUCUAACAUCUCUAAAAAUACUUAAUCUAGCCUCUAACCUAUUGUCUCACCUCUCUCUUGGGGUUUUUCCACAAAGCCUCGUAAACCUAAACUUGUCUGGAAACCAGCUUUUUUCCCCUCAGCCUGAAGUCUUUAUGACUUUGAGUAUUCUAGAUAUAACACAUAACAAGUAUGUCUGUGACUGUGCUUUAAAAAGCCUACUAGUGUGGCUAAAUGAAACCAAUGUAACCCUAGCUGGCUCAGAGUCUGACAGGUACUGUGUAUACCCACCUGCAUUAGCAGGGGUACCACUGUCACUUCUGACAUAUGAUGAUUGUGAUGAAGAUGAACUCCAGCAGACACUCAGGUUCUUAGUAUUCAUUUUCAUUUCGGUCACCCUUCUGAUGUUUCUGAUGUCAGCCAUUAUUUUUACUCGCUGCCGGGGGAUUUGUUUUGUCUGGUAUAAGACCAUCACCAAAACUUUGAUAGGAAGCCAUCCACCAGCAGCAGAUACAAGUGAAUACAUGUAUGAUGCGUAUUUGUGCUACAGCAAAAAUGAUUUCGAAUGGGUCCAGAAUUCUUUGCUGAAGCACUUGGAUUCACAGUAUUUUGAUAAGAACAGAUUUACUUUGUGCUUUGAGGAACGAGAUUUCUUGCCUGGGGAAGAACAUAUCAACAAUAUUCGUGAUGCUAUUUGGAAGAGCAGGAAAACAAUUUGUGUUGUUACCAGGCAUUUUCUCAAAGAUGGGUGGUGUGUAGAAGCCUUUAAUUUUGCCCAGAGCAGAUACUUCAGUGAUUUGAAAGAGGUUCUCAUUAUGGUAGUAGUUGGGUCACUUUCUCAAUAUCAACUGAUGAAACAUAAGCCAAUUCGAAUUUUUUUACAAAGAAGUCGAUAUCUGCGUUGGCCUGAAGAUUAUCAAGAUAUAGACUGGUUUUUAGAUAACCUUUCUUCCCAAAUUCUGAAGGAAAAAAAAGUGCAAAGGAGCGUCAGUGGUAUAGAGCUGCAAACUGUAGCGACAGUCUCACGCUGACAGUUGAUGGGUCUCUAGCUUUCUCAAUACUUUUUAUUUUAGCUGUGCUAUGGGAGGACAAAACAGAUCUGCUUUAUCCUUUCCUGAAAAAGCAGGUAGAGAGAUUCAUUUUAAAUCCUACUAAACUUGGAAACAACUUGAGAGCUAAGAAAGUGCAAUUAUUUUAUGGACAGUGGCACUUAUUUUCAGAAGAAUUAAAUGAAUCGCAAAUGCCUCACAUUUUGGAUGCUCAGCUUCAAACAACUUACUAUUGAUUUUCAGAGUGUUACAUACUUCCAGCUCUCUGUUUCAGUGACAGGAAGAUGCCCAUUUUUGUUUUUCUGUUUUUUGUUCUUUUCAAAAAGAGACCACUGUACCGUGUGGGAGUGCCUUACAACUUUAUGUUUUAAAGUGGUGCUAUAUAGAUUUUGUUUGUUUUCUACUCAGCUAGGCUCAGAUUCUCAACUGCAACACACAGCCUUUGAACUUCAUUCAUUUCUUUCCCCUUUUCAAUUCUUCUGCUUGGUGGUGAAGCCACAGUUACUGGGAUGCUUCAUUUGCUGCUGUUCCAAUUGGUCAUUUUCUCAGCUGCCUCCCACUGUGCAGAGAGAAGCAGGUAUCCCCUUCAGAUCUGAAGCAAGCCUGAAAACCAAACAAGAAACUACCUCCAUAGCCAUAAGUGGCUCCCGGGAAGCUUUCACAUUCUAUGGAUGGAAUAUAUGGAUAACUUGUUUGUCUUGUGGGUUGUUCUUGGUAUGUCCUGUAUCUUGAUCAAUUAAGAUCUUUUUUUUCUGAUUCUAUUGAAAUAGUUUUCUAGAGUCAUAAAUAUCUGGUAUGCUCUUUCUUCCUCUUACCUUUCUUUUCUUAGGUAUGCGUCUGCAGGGGGACAUUCAGGGUCAUUUUAAUAAAAAGUCUAAUCUAUCAUUGCUGUGGUUUAACAACUGCAGCUCAGCACUGUGCAGCUGCUUGCUCAACCUCACCAAAAUAAUUCCAGUACUGGCUAGGUAAGUUCUUCUCUGUAGUGAAGAUGCAGGAAUGGAUGGUUUUACAAACUGGUCAUGUCUUGACCUGAGCUGCAAACAAAAACUACCAUCUUAACUAUUUUCAUAGAAAUAAGAAGGUACAAUCCACUUCAUGUGAAUGCAGCUGUUUGAGUAUAGAAGCACUUGUGACUGAUUUAAUUUACUUUCAAUAUUCUAUUAAUACAACUACUACAGUGAAAUAUUAUUUCUGUCUCAAUCAGUGUAGGCAUCCAUGAACAGAAAAGGGCUAAACCUUGUAAAGUUUGCUUGGGGCAGAGGGAUUGAAAAAGGGACCAGGCUGUGCUCAGGAAGCCCUGGGUGUCGCUGUUGGCUCAAGUAAAAGCGAGGGUUUCUCUACAUUCCUGCCUCUGUCCAUUGCAGCCACUGACAUUACAGACAAAAGCUGCUGCAGAAGGUCAGAGAAAGAAGCAGCAGUCCCAGCUUUCCAGAGACCCUGCAGGCUGUUAGGAAAGCCAUCACUGUGCCUUUCUUUCAGCUCUCUAAAAAUGUCAAGCUAUUAUAUUUUUUUACUCUAGCCACUGCAAAUACUUAAAGGCAUUCUUUGAAGUCAGAGGUUAUGUCAGAGAGUACUUAACAUUAUUAAGCAUCACUGACAGGCAGCCAAAGGAGGAAUGAAUCUGUACAAUCAAGAUCAUGUGCAAGUCUAGACUGUUAGCUGAGGCAUCUGCACAUGGUGUAAGACAUGGCAAUUCUAAAAGCAUACUUAAAUUACAUCUGUAUGACUUUCACAAAACAUUUUUCGUUAUAGUAAUAGAAAGGCCCUCUCCAGUUUGGGCCUUACUCUGUACUUAUAAGACACUCUUAUCGUUUCAGAUACUUAAAAUUUAAUUCAGAUAACAUAUGGAGGAACUACUGAAUAUAAGUAGAUAUAGUUUGCCAAGAUGGUUUAGCCAAGGCUUUGCCAUUCUGUUUUAAAUCCUUCUCUCUACUGUUUUUGCCAUGGGUGGGAGGCAGCUAGAUCUAACUUGCAUGUACUUCAGACUUUGAACAGAUCUGACUUUUUACAUAAAAGUAAUGAAGACUUUGGAUGAAAUUUCACCGUGUGCCUCCAUCCUUGUAUACAAUUUUGGAAGUGUAAAGUGAUCAAAACUGUAAGGACCAGCUGAGAAAACAUCCUUAUACCACAGAGGUAUCAUAAAAAUAGAGGAAGCCCAGCCUCAGUCUGCUCUGCAAAUUCUGCUCCAAGAGGCUGGCACUUACAGCAGAAGGAUUUUUGCAGAAAAUGCUAUUGAACCCUUCCUGAUUGCAGACUGGUUUGCAGGCAUAUGAAUAAAUCCAGGGUGAAACUUUAAUGAAAUCUGAAAUAACUUUCUUUUUUAUCCUUUGUGAAACCACUCCAAGCCUGAGACUCUGAGAACAAAUGCAGUCUUCCCAGUUGGCACAGUCUGUCCUAUAGACUAAAAAAUUGACUUCAAAUAGAUCAUAGGACUCUGAUCACCGCCACCAUAGAGUCACCUCUUUUAAAUGACAAACCAGAGGAACUGUUGAGAAAGGGCUUAUGCAGACUUUAUACUGCUCUGCUCAGCAGAAAUCGCAAAAGCAUCCUGUACAAAAAAGGAGAACAUCUAUGCUUGAUGAAUUAGGGCCAUAAAUUGAGCUCCAACCUCAUAACUAUUGAUCAGAUUCCCUUUAGGCUUGCUGGGAACAUUACUGCUCUAUUAGAAUUUUAUGGCUCUUCAGUUAAGGAUAUUCUCAUCAGUUUUACUCACCUUCCUCAGCAGAAGACAUUAACUUGCUGGAGAGUGUCCAGAAUAAGGUGUGAAGUGUGACACUGGCUCUAAAACAAGCUAUUAGGAUGGAAUCUGGUGAAUGCAUUUGCAGUAGCACCACGGCAAAUAUUCAGAGGACAGUGACUCUGUGCCACAUGGUAUCAGCUGAGAUACUUGAUGGUACGACUUUGCUUCCACCUACACCAACGUGUAUUAUAAACAUUAACCGGUCAAGCAGCCAGUGCAGUUCAAGAGCUACAGUUAGCAAACCUGUCAGGGUCCAAAGUCUACAUGGACUCCUACUAAAAGUCAGGGCACUCAGGGCCAGAACCCAGGUUCCACAAACAUAUUUCUGUGUUGGAUAAUAAAACUCACCUAUAACAUGACCACAUAUAACUUCACAUUUUACAUGAUUUUUAUGUCACACACCUCGAGACCAGGGUUCUGCUCCCCUUCCCAUCCACACACAGUGGGCUCAUCAAAGUGUCAUCCACUCACAUUUGCUAACCCCAGUUGCUAAUGCCUCCUCAGGGAGAUGGUUCAGCAUGCUGCUAGAGCUACUGCCUUCUUAAUUUACACUUACUAUCUGUCAUUGCUCCCACUCCAGCAGUUAUACUAUCUCUGUGGUAGCACAGAGAAGACUACAGAGUUCACUCUCUCGAGUGGGACACUUACGCAUGUGUUACUCAGAAUCAUGUUGCCUUUCUUUUUCGUGUGCUACAUCAUUAUCUCAGCUCAUUUGCUGACUUCUGGGUCUUUCUCAGCAUGACAGCUCUCCUACUUCUUACUGCCAGAGACCAUCUGGGCUUCAGAUUAUUGUAUGCCACCUUCUCAAUUUCAUAUGAUACUGAAUAUUUUACAAUGGCUUUUAAUGUGUUCUCUUCUUGCUAGAACUGUGAAUUUCAGCAGUCCAGUUAAAUCACAAAGCAAGACCCAUACCUGGCAAAGUACUUACAGAUGAAGAGCAAUAUACAACUGAGUGGCAGGAGUGAGUGGUAAAAACACUGCAAAUGGAGCAGGAGCAGCACAUAUGGAUCUCUGGGAGAUCACCAAAAUUAGAAAGGGUAUAUAAAGCAGCCUAAGCAUCUUUUCUUCAAAAGGGCACUUCAUGCCAUUCCAUUUCAUUCCAAGUGGAAACUAGAAGCAAGCAAAGGCAAGAGAAGGAAAAAGAUUUAAUGUCUGAGUCUGCAAACGGGAUCAAACAGAAUUCUCUCAUAAAUCAAGUAGAUUAAGGAGGACUAGUUCUAGCAAUUAGUUGCAAAGUUUCAUUGCUCUAUACCAAAUGCAAGCUUACAGUUGUGUGAAAUAAGGCAUUCAAAAUCAGAAGACUGGUAUAUUAAAAAAACAAACACAAAAAACAAAAACAAAAACAAACAAACAAAAAAACCCACCCUGACAGAUUACAAAACAAUGAUAAGUGUUUGUUAUUUGACUCUGUAAGACCACAUCUUUACACUUUGUCUGUGAUCAUGAGGUGGAAAUUAAUGCAGUCACAGAUAUAAGAGCCAGUGUUUUAAGAAAUAGUCUAAGUAUUUAAAUACUUUCACUUAAAUAGGAAGUGUGAAUAAAUUAGUCAGGCUUUGAGUAAGGAAGGAACAACUUUAGGAAGAUGGUGAAGACAACACAGGCUGUCUUUCCAAGCCUCCCUAGAUGGUUGCCUUCAGCACAUAUGUAAUUCAACUACUGAAAAUUUUGUAGUUGUUGUUGAUAGAUAGGCUCAGCAAAAACAAGGCCUUAAGUGAAAUGAAAUAACCUGAAGGAGAAAUGACAACAUUGCAGACUUCCCACACAGACAAAUUCACAUCAGUAGUCUUUACAAAAGCUCUGCUGGUGACAUUUCCACUAGGCUGCAUGUCAGCCUUCAGGAAGCUACAAACGCCUUUGCGAUGACAAAGAUUUUGUUCUGCUUUGGGAUACAAGCACUUUUUGCAUAUGCACAUGUUACAUGUUUUCUAUUUCAUCCCUUGUAAAGAUGAGCUGAGCAUCUUGGUCUUCAAUGUCACUGUGCUGCUCCUGGCAGCCAUCAAGAUUCCAUACAGUGGAACAGAACUGCAGAUGCUGCUGCACUGGUAUUUCCUUCAACAAAACUUACAAGAGCACAUUUUGGGAGCUGAGGUUUACCAGAAGGCCACUGUGAGCACAGACACCAACCACAGAGAACACUCCAUGCCAAGCACAUAAUAGAAAUGUUAAAUUCAGACUUUUUAUUCAAUCUAGUAUCAUAUCUAGGCACUAAUGUUGGGCCAACCAAACUCCUCAGUGAUUCUCUCUUGCACAAGGAUUGAAAGAGGGUUCUCUUCCCUUUCUAACCUUCCUUACCUUUUGCUUUCUGUGCUGUGUGCAUACAGUGUAGCCAUUGCCAAAAAUAAGUCUACAUUUCCUUUCCCAAUAUGCAAAAUUUGGUAUAUAGAUGUGACAUGAAUUAUUUUGUAGAGCAAAGAUUAUCUAUUCAUAGCAGACUCUGUUUGCUUCAGAUGUGCGGUUUUCCUUCCUUUCAGAUAGCCUAUUGUUUGUCUUUUCCAUUUGUAUUAAAAAUAAAAUCUUUGAAAACUGCAAGUAGGAGAGAAAAAUAUAUUCCUUCUGAAACUAACAAUUCUCCAAACAGGAAGGUUAGCUUUUUCCUGUUUAGACAUGAUGUUCAAAGAAAGGAAGUUGGUAUUUUCAAUGAUAAUAAUUACAUCGUAUGUAUAUAUCAGUAAUCAUCAAAAAAGUCUUCAUUCUGUUUAGCAUGCCUCUAAUGCUACACUGCUGUUUAGAGUAUCUUAAUCUUUGCCAGUUCACCAGCCUCUUGCAAAAAGAGAUUUAUGAGCAGUCACUGCGCUUGGUUGAUCAGCUGUACACCUGCUAUUUGCAAGCUUCCAGAGUAUAACAGUGUUAUCAGACUGCUUCAAGCCUGCAUGGAGAGCAGUGGAGCAAAUAGAAUCCUCAUACAAAACAACAAACUACACUGUUUGUACACUACAAUUGCUCAUGCUGGAAGCAAUUCUCAUCAUCAGCUUCUUUAAUUCCAAUCUUAGAGGGCUUUGUGACUCCUUUUUGUUAUGUUGUCCCUAGUUCUCUGUUGUCAAGAAUUCCCGAACUGCUCUUUUGUUGCAAAUGUAUUUGUACCCAUUCAGGAAAGGACCAUCCUGUGCUGUGAGUCACACAUGGCAGGAAUAGGUAUGCUACGAAUAAGAGCUAGGAAAAACCUGCAAACCAUUUACCUGGAUAAAUCCACCACACUGAUUACCCAGGGUUCUGUGAAAGCUCAUGGAGCCAUUAAAGCUCUUUCUCUGAAAUCUGGACUAUGCCUCUCCUGCCAGAGGCCUGACUUGGUAAGAAGAUGCCAGCUCAGCCUUUAGCUGUAGCAGCCAGUGCUGCCUCCAGCACAGCCCACACCACAAGGAGAAAUACAAGCUCCUGUGGAGCAAAGAGGAAUCCACAACACAUGGUACCUUUACCAAGAUCCCUUGGUACUCUUCAAGGACACACCAGCAAGAACAAGGAAUGUGUGGCAGAUCAAUAAAAAGCAAGCUGAGUUUCACAUAUUUCUGGCUUUACAGUUCCUCACCAGGAGCAGUGAGGAUUCUGAUUUCAUAGAAUCACUAAGGUUAGAAGAGAUCACUAAGAUCAUCUAGUCCAACUGUCAACCCAUCACUACCAUGCCUGCCCACUAAUUUGAUGGAAAGCAGAUAAAGCAGAUUCUAGUUGGUAAAGAUAGAAUUUAAAAAGCAAAGAAUUUCUUUUCUCUCUUUUUUUUUUCUUCUGAAACCUGAGACAGGCUUUAAAAACGCCUGGUUAGCCUUCUGCCCCAUUUCCCAUUUCUACACAGUUCUCCUUGCCUGGGUCCUGGCUGAAGAUGGAAACAAAUCACCUCAUGAAAGGAAAGACAGGUAGAAGAACUGCAGAAGAUCUGUAGUCUGAUCUGAAAGCUGAAGAACCCAGCUAAGCAAAAGCAGAACAAUAACAGCUAGAAGAAAACUGGAUCUGAAGCUUGUGGUAGUUUCUAAGGUAAAGAAAGCAGUGGGCUGCAUUACUACAGAGGGCACAUUCCCUACCAGCUCCCCAUCUGCUCAUACUGCAGAUACAAGGACUAUAUGAAAGGUAGAGAAUGGUAUGGGAAACUGAUAGCCUGAAAUGAAGGUGACUAAUUCAACACUGAAUGAAUCUUGGACAGAUCACUGUCUUCACUGCCACAUUUACUCAUCUUUUUCAUGGGGAGUCUAGCAAAUCCAUCUAUCUUCAGAGGGCUGCAAUGGUAAAUACAUGCAAAAUGGUCAGGCUUUUCAAUCCCAUGAUGACAGAUGAGAGAGUAACUUUUUAAAACAUUUACUUCCUAUUAAGAGAGCUCUGUCUGUCUGUCC